AUGGAUCCAGAUACUACGGGUAAUAACACUCCAGCAGUAUGCCCUACUACUGAUAACAUGUCCCCUAUAGUAGAAGUUGCCUCUACCCCUGGUGCACUAGGCCUCACAGUACAGCCACCACCACCACCACCAACAGCAAAUAUGGUAAUGAUUACCAGUGGUAGUACUACUACAUCAAGAGAUGAGGAUGAUGAUCUAGUGAGCACUAGGUUGGAGUUGUAUGAGAGUAGGAAGACAUUGGAAAGAUUAAUGUUCGAGAACAGUGAGUUACAACGCCUUAUCGAACAAUUGGAGGUGGAAGUCCAUAAUCAAAGACAGCUCAACUCAAACGGUAUGCGUGGAUAUACCGGUGGGGGAUUGAUACCUAGAAUGCAACAGGAUAAACGAUUAAAUGAGGAUCUUAGAGAUUUACAACAAGAGUUUGAUAGGGUACAAGAAGAAAAGGGCGAGAUGAAGAAAGUGUAA